AUGUCGACUAUAUAUACUGACAAAGUGGGAAAGGUGAGAUAUUAUGUCGACUAUACUGACAAAGUGGGAAAGGUGAGACAUAAUGACAACUAUACUGACAAAGUGGGAAAGGUGAGACAUUAUGACGACUAUACUGACAAAGUGGGAAAGGUGAGAUAUUGUGACAACUAUACUGACAAAGUGGGAAAGGUGAGAUGUUAUGACGACUAUAUUGACAAAGUGGGAAAGGUGAGACAUUAUGACGACUAUACUGACAAAGUGAGAAAUGUGAGAUAUUGUGACAACUAUAUUGACAAAGUGAGAAAUGUGAGAUGUAAUGACAACUAUACUGACAAAGUGGGAAAGGUGAGAUAUUAUGACAACUAUACUGACAAAGUGGGAAAGGUGAGAUAUUAUGACAACUAUACUGACAAAGUGGGAAAGGUGAGAUAUUAUGUCGACUAUACUGACAAAGUGGGAAAGGUGAGACAUAAUGACAACUAUACUGACAAAGUGGGAAAGGUGAGACAUUAUGACGACUAUACUGACAAAGUGGGAAAGGUGAGAUAUUGUGACAACUAUACUGACAAAGUGGGGAAGGUGAGACAUUAUGACAACUAUACUGACAAAGUGGGAAAGGUGAGACAUUAUGACGACUAUACUGACAAAGUGGGAAAGGUGAGAUAUUGUGACAACUAUACUGACAAAGUGGGAAAGGUGAGAUAUUGUGACAACUAUACUGACAAAGUGGGAAAGGUGAGAUGUUAUGACGACUAUAUUGACAAAGUGGGAAAGGUGAGACAUUAUGACAACUAUACUGACAAAGUGGGAAAGGUGAGACGCUUUGACAACUAUACUGACAAAGUGGGAAAAGUGAGAUGUUAUGAUGACUAUACUGACAAAGUGGGAAAGGUGAGAUAUUAUGACAACUAUACUGACAAAGUGGGAAAGGUGAGACGCUAUGACAACUAUACUGACAAAGUGGGAAAAGUGAGAUGUUAUGACAACUAUACUGACAAAGUGGGAAAGGUGAGACGCUAUGACAACUAUACUGACAAAGUGGGAAAAGUGAGAUGUUAUGAUGACUAUACUGACAAAGUGGGAAAGGUGAGAUAUUAUGACGACUAUACUGACAAAGUGGGAAAGGCGAGAUAUUAUGUCGACUAUAAUGACAAAGUGGGAAAGGCGAGAUAUUAUGUCGACUAUACUGACAAAGUGGGAAAGGUGAGAUAUUAUGUCGACUAUACUGACAAAGUGGGAAAGGUGAGACGCUAUGACAACUAUACUGACAAAGUGGGAAAGGUGAGAUGUUAUGAUGACUAUACUGACAAAGUGGGAAAGGUGAGAUAUUAUGACGACUAUACUGACAAAGUGGGAAAGGCGAGAUAUUAUGUCGACUAUAAUGACAAAGUGGGAAAGGCGAGAUAUUAUGUCGACUAUACUGACAAAGUGGGAAAGGUGAGAUAUUAUGUCGACUAUACUGACAAAGUGGGAAAGGUGAGACGCUAUGACAACUAUACUGACAAAGUGGGAAAGGUGAGACGCUAUGACAACUAUACUGACAAAGUGGGAAAGGUGAGAUGUAAUGACAACUAUACUGACAAAGUGGGAAAGGUGAGAUGUUAUGACGACUAUACUGACAAAGUGGGAAAGGUGAGAUGUAAUGACAACUAUACUGACAAAGUGGGAAAGGUGAGAUGUUAUGACGACUAUACUGACAAAGUGGGGAAGGUGAGAUAUUAUGACAACUAUACUGACAAAGUGGGGAAGGUGAGAUAUUGUGACAACUAUACUGACAAAGUGGGAAAAGUGAGAUAUUAUGACAACUAUACUGACAAAGUGGGAAAAGUGAGAUGUUAUGACGACUAUACUGACAAAGUGGGAAAAGUGAGAUGUUAUGACAACUAUACUGACAAAGUGGGAAAAGUGAGAUGUUAUGACGACUAUAUAUACUGA